CCUUCUCUGCCUCCCCCGCUCAUCCUGCCCAACACCCUGAAGCUGGUGAAAACAGCAGAGCUGCCCCCCAACCAGAAGUACGUGGUGGGCAGUCACCCACAUGGGGUCAUGUGCACCGGAGUUUUCUGUAAUCUCUCCACGGAGGGCAAUUACUUCUCCAAGCACUUCCCAGGGAUUUGGACUCGUCUAACUGGUCUGAGUGGCCUCUUCUGCCUCCGAGUCUACUGAGACUACAUCAUGGGCUAUGGUGAGCCUCUAGCAGAGUUGGGCGAUUGCUCCCCACACACUGGGACACCCCCAGCAUCCCCUCCGGAGUGCAGGGACCUGGCCUGAACAUCGGCCAGGCUCCCAGCAGGCAUCAGUGAGUGGCUUCACUGUUGGGCUCUGACAUGGGGAUUGGGUGCAGGUUUGGAAGGAAGAGGAUAAGGGUUCACCUGUCCUAUACUAAGGGUGAGGGGCCAAGGGCCUAUGGACAGGGUGCUGACUGCUUCCCACCUACCCCUGCCUACAGGAAUGCGUCCAGUGAACCGCCAGAGCCUGGACUUUGUCCUGUCCCAGCCCCAGCAUGGGGAGGCUGUGGGUAUUGUCAUAGGGGGUGCCCAGGACAUUCUGUUUGCGAACCCAGGGCAGCACUGCCUCACGCUCCGGAAACGCAAAGGCUUUGUGCGCCUGGCGCUGAGGCACGGGGCCUCGCUGGUGCCCGUGUACUCCUUUGGGGAGAAUGAUAUCUUCAGAAUCAAGGCUUUUCCUGAGGACUCCUGGCAGUUUCAGUGCCAGAUGCUCUUUAAGAAGCUCCUGGGUUUUGCACCUUUCUUCUUCUGGGGCCGCAGUCUGUUCUUGGCCAACUCCUGGGGGCUGCUGCCCUUUGCUGUGCCCAUAACCACCGUGGUGGGCCGCCCCAUCCCUGUGCCCCGGCGCCUCCACCCCACCACGGACGAAGUUGACCACGAUCACGCCGUCUACAUGAAGGCUCUGGAGCAGCUGUUUGAGGAGCACAAGGAAAGCUGUGGCGUCCCUGCUUCUACCCACCUCACUUUCAUCUAGGCCUGGCCUCAGCUGCUCGCUGAGCCUCCGAACCCCUGAGCCAGGGUGCUGGGACUUCCUCCUACUGCCACACUCCAUGCCUCCAAUCAAAGCAAGAUGGGGAAGCGAGCCUGUCAGGGCCUGAUCCACGCCCAUCCUGAUGUGCCACAGAGCCUCUGCCUUAGAUUGGACAGAGACUCAACUCUGCAUGUGGCUGGAUCUUGGACAAGCCCCUCCCCUUUGCCUCUCCUCUGGCUAUAAAUAAAGGCAUCUGCUUAGCUAAGAGCUGUCAGGUAUCAGGACAGAGUUGAGAGGGUGGAUGGUGGAGGGGCAGGAUAUGAAGAGCAAGCAAGAUUCAGGUGUAAAAGAAAUUAGUCUAUUGCCAUACCACCCGGAACCUGCCUGAUCUUGAAAGGUAAACAGGGUUAGACCAGGUUAGUACUAGGAUGGCAGAAGUUAGAGUAAAUGGUGGAUCAGUGAGCAAACGUUGGGCUCGAUCAAGGGCCCAUAACAGGAGGCAGGGUGAACAGAUCCUCAUCGGAGAAAAGAUAGACUUAAUGAGACAGCUUGUUCUACACACCAUCGCCAUCCUCUAUGUGUUCCUAGGGCCAAGAAAUGCAUUCAACAAGGACUUAUUUUACCAGGAUUAAGAAGAACUUCAAGGCCGGGCAGAUGGCUAACCCCUGUAAUCCUGGCACUCUGGAAAGCCAAGGCAGGGGGUUAUAUUGAGCUCAGGAGAUUGAGAUCAGCCUGAGCAAGA